AUGGAUCCCAACUUCAAUGGUGUGUGGAGCGCUUCUGAAAUAGAUAUGGCGAGGUCAUUCCUUGCUAGUCACAACACCUACACAAAUGACACAAACAAGAAGCACAAUGACAUUGUUGAUGAGCUCCAAGCAAGGUUCCCAGUCAAAGAGAAGCAUCAGGUAGUUCAAUUAUAUGUUCAUCUAGUAGUUGAGAUGAAUACAAUGCAGAGCAACAACCAACAAGUUGUGGUGAGCAAUGCUCUUGUGAAUGAUAACUUUGGGAUGCCAAUGGAGGAUACAAACAUGGACAACAUGGACAUGUUUCAUGAUUAUAUACUGGAUGAUGUGGAGGCCAUGAAGAUGGUAGAGGAACCACCGCACAAGCUGAAUGUUGUUCCUAAGAAAAAGAGGCAAAACCCAGUGAUAGCUUGGAGUCAUGACGAGCACAAGAAUUUCCUCCGUGGCCUAGAAGUGUAUGGUCGUGGUAGCUGGAAGAACAUAUCUAGGUACUUUGUCCCCACAAGGACGCCAAUCCAGAUCUGCAGCCAUGCGCAGAAGUAUUUCCAUAGGAAGGAGUGCACCACUAGGAAACAACGCUUCACCAUCAAUGAUGUCAGCCUCUAUGACACAGAGCCAUGGGUGCAAAAGAACUCUUCUAGUUUGGAGGCUCUCGCCUUCGGCCACAGUGCUUAUAACACAAAUUAUUAUGACUUUGAGGGACAACACACUGUCUUGAACAAACUCGCGUAUGCUAACGAGGCGAGCAGGACUAGAGGUCAGCACAUAAUAGGCAGUUCAUCCAUAGAUCCAACGAUGGUGCAGAGUAACUCUCUUGGAUGGGAGGCGCUCGCCUUCCCUAGCGGUGCUAACAACACAAACUACUUUGAGUUUGAUGGACAACAUGAUGCCGUGAACAACCUCGCAUGUGCUGACCAGGUGAGCAAUAACCAAGUAGCCACUUGGACUAGAGGUCAACAGACAACAACUAGUCCUUCUGUAGCUCCAAUGACGGUGCAGAAUACUUCACCUAGCUAG